AUGUGGCCUCGGCGCGCGCUUCGCCAAUAUAAAAAGCUUAUUAUUGUUGGUAUGACUUCUUCUAUUGUUUUAAUUGGCCUUCUUGGUCUUUUCGCCACAAUUUAUGGACAAGAUACUGUUACUGUUACAAAAAAAGUAUUUUUUGAUAUUGAAAUUGGUGGUGUUAAUCAAGGACGCAUUGUUAUUGGAUUAUUUGGAAAUGUUGUACCAAAAACUGCUGAAAACUUUGCUCAACUUGCUGCCGGUACUAAAGGAUUUGGAUAUAAAGGAUCUAAAUUCCAUCGUGUUAUCUCUAACUUUAUGAUUCAAGGAGGAGACUUUACUCGUGGUGAUGGAACUGGAGGUAAAUCUAUUUAUGGAAAUAAAUUUAAUGAUGAAAACUUCAAACUUUCACACUAUGGUGCUGGAUGGCUUUCAAUGGCAAAUGCUGGACCAGAUACUAAUGGAUCUCAAUUCUUUAUUACAACUGUCAAAACCUCAUGGUUAGAUGGUCGUCAUGUUGUUUUUGGUAAAGUUCUUGAAGGAAUGGAUGUUGUAAGAAAAAUUGAAAAAACACCAACUCAUCCAGGUGAUAAACCAAAAAGUGAUGUUGUUAUUGCUAAUUGUGGAGAACUUCCUGUUGAAACACCAUUCGAAGUUGCUAAAGAACCAGUUGUUUAA